AUGAAGCUCCUGGUACCGAUCUCUGUGCUGGUGGCUGCGGCCUACGCCUCUCCUCAGGGCUACACCCUUCAGUCUCCUUCGGGUCCAGGGUUCUCCACCGGUGGUUCGCGAUUCUCAAGCGGCUCAGGACUUACCUCAGGCGGUUCUGGCUUCUCUGGAGGCGGCUGUGGUUCUGGGCAGCUUCGUCAUGUGGACGGCAGCUGUGUGACUCCUCAAGUAACUCGAAACCUGUAUGUAUACAACGUGCCUCAAGCUACUCCCAUCGUUGGUCCACGUCCAAACAUUCCUCCACCGCGAGUUGAGCACAACAUUGUGUUCAUCCGCACCCCAGAGAACGGUCCAGGCCAGGAGCCGAUUGUCGUGCCUCCACCUCAACGGAAAAAUGUUGUGUACGUCCUCAACAAGCGACCCGUGCACGACCAGAAGGUCAUCCACGUACCUGCGCCAGAACAACAAAGUCCUGAAGUGUUCUUCGUCAACUAUGGUGAAGGCGAGAACCCAACUCUGCCCUCCGGAGAAGACCUCCAGUCUGCCCUGCGCUCUGCUGCCCAAGGGGGCGGUAAUGUGAUUGGUGGUGGAGGUGGUGGCGGCGCUGGUUUUGCGAGCGGCAGUGUCAGCAUUGGUGGUGAAGCUGGCUUUGUAAGUGGCGGUGGCAGCGUUAGUGGUGAGGCUGGCUUUGUAAGUGGCGGUGGCAGUAUUAGUGGCGAGGCUGGCUUUGUAAGUGGUGGUGGCAUCAUUAGCGGCGAUGCUGGCUUUGUAAGUGGCGGAGGGAGAAUUGGUGGAGAUGGUGGAUUUUCAGCUGUCACUAUCUCCUCUGUGCCUCAACCAUCAGGACUGUAUUCCAAGCCAUGAAGCCCCGCUUCCUAAAGUGUGUAGGUGGGGAUGUUACCUAUGCAGUCGAUGUGUUAGUGCCUCACUCCUUCGGCAUCAAGUGUCGUAUUUAUAUACAUUUUUUGCUUCAUUUGAAAUGACAUUGUACUAAUUUCUAUGGCCUACAAAGGUUGUCUUAAUCAUAACUUCCAUAUAAUAUUUAUUGUCUUGAUCAUUCCUUCCAUGUGUUAAUAAAUUAUAUGCAUU